CUUUCCCAUUCACCUUGAUCUUCGGUAGACCAUUGCAACGAUUUUCCGCUAUGGCUGAAAUCCAUGGUCCGGGAGGUCCUCUUCCACACAUACCAGAUGAUUUGACGAUAGUACAAUUCAUGCUUGACUAUGAGCACGAAUCACGGCCAUCUCCUGCUUUCCUUCCGGAUCGGUGCUGUUUGAUCGAAGAUGCUACUGGGAAGAAGGUUACCCUUAACGAGAUUCGCAUGCGCGUUGAUCGCUUGGCUGGCGCGCUACAUGCCAGAUACGGAAUCAAGGAUGAUGACGUCGUCUGCGUGUGCAGCUCGAACCAUAUCGACUACCCUGUCGUCAUAUGGGCGAUCCACCGACUAGGUGGCAUUGUAACGCCUGCAAAUCCUGCAUAUACCGUAGGUGAACUGGAGCAUCAGCUCACGCUGACAAACGCCUCCAUGAUGAUUGUACAUUCCUCGAGCUAUACUGUCGCAGCCACUGCUGCGCUUGCAGCAGGGAUUUCGGAUGAUCGUAUCGCAUUCAUGGAUGCCUUGCCAAAUGAACUGGCCUCCAAGAAGCAUGUCACCGUGCAGGAGUUGCUACAAUACCCAGUUCAGACCUUCGUCGAGCGAUGCCUUGCACCAGGAGAAGCCUCAGCGAAGCUAGCAUUCCUGAGUCUUUCGAGUGGCACGACAGGCAAAGCCAAGGCAGUUUGUAUUCCUCACAGAGCGAUGAUCGGGGCUAUAAUACAAAUGGCACAUAUGGCCAAUUCGCAGACAGUGCCAUGGGAUGACCGUCAACUGCGGCAUGGAGAUAUCUGGAUGGCAUUGUUACCCUUCUACCACAUAGCAGGCCUUAUGGUCGUGCUACAUUUCGGAUUCUUCUACGGUGCUACAUUGGUGGUGGUGCCAAAGUACAAUUUUGUCGAGAUGUUGACAAGCAUUGAACGUCACCGUAUACAAUUCCUAUUUGUAGUGCCACCCAUGGUCGUUCUGCUCUGCAAGCAUCCUGCUGUCAAGGAGUAUGCCUUGCAUUCACUCCGAAUGUUACUCAGUGGUGCCGCACCAUUGUCUCCGGAGCUCGCUCAACAACUUUCCACCAUGCUUCCAUGGGUAAACAUAGGCCAAGGAUAUGGCAUGACUGAGACUGUUGCAUCAAUAUCAUUUCCUCGCUCCGGACAAAAGAUCAGCACACCGGGAAGUUCAGGGCAGCUAUUGCCUGGCAAUAUCGCACGAAUUAUUCGUCCGGAUGGCUCUCUGGCAGGUUAUAAUGAAGCAGGGCAGCUCGUCAUCAAAGCGCCGUACAUGGCAAGCGGAUAUUUGAAGAAUGAGAAAGCCACGAGAGAGACAUUUGUGGAUGGAUGGCUAUAUACAGGCGAUGAAGUCAUGAUCAACAAAAACGCAGAGGUAUUCAUUCUAGACCGCGUCAAGGAGUUACUAAAAGUCAGGGGGUAUCAGGUGGCUCCCGCUGAGCUUGAGAGCCAUCUAUUGAUGCAUCCUGAGGUGUUUGAUGUUUGCGUCGUCGGUAUGCCGGACGAAUACAGCGGCGAACUUCCAUUUGCAUUCGUGGUCGCCACCGCGAACGCUCUACAACGAAUGCGGCGGGACGAACGCGAGGCAAGCGAACUCAGAAGAAUAUUGAUCAAGCAUGUCGCAGAUUCCAAGGUGCCCUACAAAUGGCUAGCAGGGGUGGAGUUUAUAGAGUCGAUUCCGAAGAAUCCAAGUGGAAAGCUUCUUCGUCGAGUCUUGCGCGAGCGUGUGCGAGCUUUGCAGAAGCAAGGAAAGCUAGUAACGACCACGAAAGCUAGACUGUAGUUUUCGUGUUUGCAUGCCUUUUCUGUUCGCUCGAUGAAACAUGCUGAUAUCAGCCACUCCCGUUGCGAGACUCAGCGAG